AUGGGACAGCAGACGAACCUCUUCAACUUUCCAGACGUAGGUGCUCUCGCGCCUGCGCUGAGAACCUACGUCGUACAGUGCCAAAAUGCCGGCCUCAACCGCCAUGGCGUAUUCAAGGUUGGCGUGUCUGGAGGAAGUUUACCUGCCACUCUGGCCAAGGCACUGCUCGCGCCUGCUUCGGGACCCGAAGACACAGUCCAGUUCGACAAGUGGGAGAUCUUCUUCGCUGAUGAGCGAGCCGUGCCCCUCAACCACGAAGAUUCCAACUAUGCCCUCCUGAAAAAGGAGCUGCUCGACAAGAUCCCCGCCGAGGCUGGCCAACCCACAGUCCACACGAUCGACGAGACCUAUCUCAACGACACCCAGGAGCUUGCCGAUCAGUACGAACAGGUCCUCGUCAGAUCCUUCGCGAGUAGAGAUAGCGUCAAGCUUCCGAUCUUUGACCUGCUCCUGCUUGGCUGCGGCCCCGACGGCCACACCUGCAGCCUGUUCCCCGGCCACGAGCUGCUCCGCGAGACCAGCGCCUGGGUCGCCCCCAUCGAGGACAGCCCCAAGCCGCCGCCCAAGCGGAUAACCCUGACGCUCCCCGUCGUGACGCACAGCGUGCGCGUCGCAUUCGUCGCGACCGGCGCGGGCAAGAAGGAUAUCAUGAAGCAGAUCUUCGACGAGGACAGCGGUCUCCCCACGACCCUGGUCAACGAGGGCUGUGGGGACAGGUGCAGCUGGAAACGCCAUGUCGCCCACGUGUUGUAUGAGGUGAGGGCGCUUUCCCUUUCGUCGACAAAGCCCGAAUUUUCUCUAUUUGCCCACCCUCUUCUCCCGCACGAAGAAGGCAGCCAGCAAGGCCAGGACCAGAAACACGGCGUUGGAGGCGAAGACGGUCAUGGUCGCGAGCUGGUAGCACCGCCUGACGACGGCCGCGACGGCCGGCUCGAGCUGCCGGAUGUAGUCGAUGCUCUGGCGCACGCGCUCCUCGACCUCGCGGGCGGCGUCGCCGCUGCCGAGGCGCGCCGCGAGCUGGGUGCGCAGGACCUGCUGCAGGACGGCGGACUGGAUGCUGAUGCCGAGGGCGGAGCCCAGCGAGCGGAAGAGGUAGGAGCAGGCGAUGGCGACGGCGGCGUCCUCGCGCGCCGCGUUGGAGAUGAGGCCCACGAGCGUCGUCGUCAGGCCCGCCCCGGCGCCCAGGGAGGUCAGGACCAGCCCGGCCACGGUGCCGGCCUUCAUGGCGGACUGGGCGCCCGCGCCGCCGCCGACGACGCCGCCCGAGAAGAGGGCCAGGGGCGCGCAGCUGAGCAGCAGGGCCGCGUAGCUGGCGACCGUGACCCAGUAGUACCGCCCCGUGCGGCGGAUGACGAGCCCCGCGCCCACGGACGCCGACACGCCGGCCACGGAGCCCGGGAUGAGCAGCAGGCCCGACUGCACGGCCGACAGGCCGUCGACGGCCUGGUACAGCAGGGGCAGGAAGAAGAGGGUCGGCAUCUGGCCGGCCGUGCCCCAGAAGUUGGCCAUGAAGCAGGCGAACAGGGAGCGGUCGAAGAUGACGUGGCCCGGCGCGAAGGGGUGCGAGGCGACGCGCAUCUCGACGGCGACGAAGACGGCGAAGAGGGCCGGCGAGGCGGCGAGGGGCGCGACCGUCGAGCCGCGGCGCCAGCCGUUGUUGGAGCCGUUGUCGAGGCCGACGAGCAGCGAGGCCACGGCGGCGACGAGGGUGAAGGCGCCGAGGAAGUCGACGCGCGUGAGCUUCUCGAGCCAGUGGGCGUGGUCCUUGCGCGGCAGGUGCAGGACGAAGUAGACGGCUGCGAAGGCGACGAGGCAGAGCGGGGCCUGGCCGAUGAAGGACCUGACAGGGGGCGGCAAGGGGAUUAG